GAGUGGAGAAGGUUGUUGAAUAAAUAGUAGCCAACUGUGGCAUAUGUGUAUGACCAGUGAAAAAUUUCCACAAAUCUGAGUAUCUUCAAAAUGCGUAAAUCUAUUUUAGUUUUAGGCCUCCUCUUCACUGCGAAUGGUCUGGUGCAAUCGAAUUGUCCAGGCGAGUGUCGAAUGAAUGAGUCGAGCAUAUCAGUUUGCAUUGUGCAAGAGGAUCCGGCACAGUGCAUAAAAAUCAAGGAAUGUACGCUAAAUGAGAUGAACUGUGCACGCUGGCGUCAAAAUAUACCACUGCUGAAGAGAUCGAAAAUCGAACGUUGCUCUCUUAUACGUGGCGCCACUGGCAGCACAAGAUGCACCACCAGCGAGAAUUGCCAUAAUAUUAAAUGUGACAAGGAUAAGGUGGUUCGCUGCCAACAGGCCGGCAAGCAGUGUCGCCUGUUAACGAACUGUGCAGCCCGAAAGCAAAACUGUUUUCGUGCACUGAAUAAUCAAAUGAAAAACAUUGCCAUGGCAAGAUGUAAGGGUUUCAAGUUAAGCGAUGGCUUUAAGCCGUGCAGACCACUGGGAAGGAAGAAGAAGCGAAGCGGAAUUGAAAAGUUAUUCCGGGGUUGAACGUCCGAGGUGUCAUCUGCCGAAUAUUCUUGUGUAAUAUGGCGGCUUAAAGAAAAAAUAUUCUGUGUUAUUGCAUUUAUAUAUAUAAUAUUUAGGCUUUGUACCAGCAAUAUUGUAAAAUUAAAAUACUAUACCAGAAAAUAGAAGAAUAUAAAAAAAAAUUA